UUUAUUCAGUUCGUUUUAGUUUGAAAUUCUCCACGUAAAAGAACAUACUGCACCUUUAACUGCACUUUUUUUUUUGUCACAUCACUUCACAUGUUUCUGUUUUGAUUUUUAUUCACAUUCUGCAGUAAAUGCUGACACACACGAGUCUGUCCUCAGUGGUCCAAAUGAAUGUGUUAGAAGUCUGAAAGUCCUCCUCAGACCCUCGGAGUCUCCUCUGCUCUCCACGGCGGCGCUGCCUUCUAACUCGCAACCUACAAUUAAUUUAUAAUUGCCAAAUGACGUUGGACUUCAUUAGGGAGGAUGUUAUGUCUGUGAUGACACCGAGACACAUCUACUUUAAACUCUAUGCCGCCUCUACUGUAGCUCGGUCGCAUUUUAUUCGCCAACAGUCUCGUUCGGGAUCCGCUCGCAGCGCGCCUCCAUCCCGCCGCUCGGCUUUUUCCGAGAAGACGAGCUUUUAUAAUAAUAAUACUAAUAAAGACGAGACGCGGAGCUCAUCCAUAUUAGAAGAGUCUUUAAUGAACUCAGACCGUCGGAGACACUCCUCCUCCUCCUCCUCUUCCUCUUCUUCUUCUUCUUCCUCAUCCUGCUGCUGCUGCUCCCGGCUCCGCACCGCACCGCUCCCGCACCCAGUCGAUGCGCGGGGAGGAAAUCCACAGCCCCCAUCUUUUAUCAGCAUCGGCAUCGCCUUGAAGACAAAGAGAGCGCACGCAGAAUGAAGAUGUGCUCCGAUAGCAGGAGAGGACGGUCUUAGGGAAGACAGAAAAAAAAGUCACUGUUCCUGCAGCCUGGAGGGAAGGAGGAGGAGGAGGAGGAGGAGGAGAGGAGACCCGGGUUCCUUGGAGACUCUUCGGGGAUGCGCAAAAAGAUGUUGAGAGUCAAAAAGCGAGAGGCGUCGUGAUUGGCCGCGCUCCUUUUUUCUCGGAAAGCAUCGAGUCAUGUUCGCUCCAGCCAGAGCAUCAGCGAGGUGGCAUCAAACUUGAACGCGACGUGGUUUUUUUUCGAGUCUGUCACAGUGGAUGCGUUCACGACACAAACUUGCAGCAGCCCACCUACCCACUCUCCAAAAGAAGAAGAAGAAGAAGAAGAAGAAGAAGAGGAGGCGGACGCGCUCUCCAGGGUGUCGAAACCAGAGAGACCUGAGUGAUCAACUAGUGAGGAGCAGGGAGACGCUCUCACUUCACCAUCUGCUCCUGAGCUUCAUGCUACCUGGUGGCUCCAGAGAGAACUUAUUACAUUAGCGUCUGACUGUGCUGCAUCAUGCUGUGGAUGAAGUGGAAGAUAGUGGUGGACUCCCUGCGUGGGCGGAGAAGGAGGCUGCCCUGUUCCCUCUGGUUCCUCCUGCUGUUCGCUGCUGGAGGUCUGGUUCUCUUCAUCCACCAGCGGGAUCUGUCAGAGAUGGUCCAGCAACAAGGCCCAGGUAGACGUCGCCCUUGUUUCAGCACCAGCAGCUGUCCACGGUCCAACUGUGGAAACACUUUCCUCACACUUUGUUUAACCGGCGUGAAGCUCGGAAGCACUCCACGGCAGUCCAGAGAGACUCUUUCUACGCAGGACAGAGAGAGGGGCAAACCUGACGGUUACCAGGACCACCGGGCAGCAGAGGGAUCCUUGUCCAGCCCGAUCCCUCCGAUGCAGUUCCCACACUUUGAGGCGAGCAGACAGACGGCCACCACUGGGUCCCGGGAGCAGGACAUAGGCUCCCUUCAUGUCUCCAAAAGACAGCGCAAACUGCUGAAAACGAGCCCCCCGAUCAACCACACCAACAAAAAUGUCUCCUCGUCCUCUUCCUCUCCCUCAUCCUCAUCCUCAGUCUCCUCCUCCUCCCCUGCUUUAGGCUCUUUUUCCCCUAAUAUCCUGGAGGCACGGCGGAAACUGAUGAAGGAGAUCUGCGCCAAGUACAAAAGCAGCAUCUCUAGGACAAUCACACGCCAUCACGUCAAGCACCUCUACGUGGAGGACAAGUACAAGUUGUUGUACUGCCAGGUGCCCAAGGCAGGCUGCUCCAACUGGAAGAGGACCCUGAUGGUGCUGGCGGGCCAGGCGCCUAACGCUCAGAGCAUUAAACACGACACAGUCCACUACGGCCACCAUCUCAAGACGCUCGACAACUUUGACCGUCAGGGAAUCAUGCACCGUCUGGAGACAUACACCAAAGUCAUGUUCGUCCGCGAGCCCCUGGAGAGAAUGGUGUCGGCGUACAGGGACAAGUUUGAAAACCCUAACAACUACUACCACUCCCUGUUUGGGAAACCAAUCAUUUCCAAGUACAGGGUGAACCCGUCCCGGGCCGCCUUGAAGACUGGCAGCGGCGUCACAUUCAAGGAGUUUGUCCAGUACCUGCUGGACGUCCACCGGCCCGUGGGAAUGGACAUCCACUGGGAGCAGGUGAACCAGCUGUGCAACCCCUGUCUCAUAGACUACGACUUCAUCGGUAAGUUUGAGAACAUGGAGGAGGAGUCCAACUUUGUCCUGCGAUUGACUGGGGCGCCACCCAACAUCACACUGCCCAAUUUUAAAGAUAGGAACCCGACGGACACGAGGACCUCUAUGCAGAUCACGCAAAAAUACUUUUCACAGGUCAGCAUGCUGGAGAGGCAGCGGGUCUACGACUUCUACUACAUGGACUAUCUGAUGUUUAACUACUCCAAGCCUUUCAAAGAUUUAUAUUGAUUGACUCCUUACAAAAUGCUUGAAUCACAGUCACAUUCCACCACAUGUACAUCUCAACCAUGAUAGGAAUCUCAACAUAAAGGAGGCUCAUUCACAUGCUCACAUGGAUCUUUGCAUCUAAGCACAGAGAUCAGAGGCUAAAAAGAAAAAAAAAAAAAAAAGAAAAAACGCUCUCUGAAUUUCGCAAAAAAGCUGCUUUUUAUGAAACACAUUUCUACCAGAUGAUCUUACUUUUUAGACUACGCUGAGAUGAAAAGGUUCAUGUGAUGUCAUAUUAGAUAUUCAAAAUAGUUCUGAAAUGCAAGUUGUUUAUUCACUACAGGCACACGGUGAAGUAGAGUAUAAAAAAAUAUAUAUAAAUGUUAUGCUUCUAAAGAAAAAAAUGAAAAAGUUUAUUAUCGUUCAACAGGCUUUAAAUUACACCUCACUGUGAGUCAAACAGCAUUCUGCAAAUGUGUUUUAUGUGUUUAAUUCAACACUUGGGUGGGAUUUAAUAGUUCCCAAACACAUUUCUGAAUUCAGAGGUAAUUUCAGUUUACAGAACAGUUUGUUAUGUGAGGAUCCACCAACUCCCUUCAGAAUAAUUACACCAAAUUAUUUAUGAGUACAGUUGCUUUAGUCCUCGAUCACAGCCGAGCAGACUUUUUUUUUUCUUUUUUUUUUAGGGAUAUUUGCUUUUACUAUUUGACUCACAGUGGGGUUAAGCAUCAGUAUACCUCUAUAUAUCAGUACGUACUAAUACAGAUAUUUCAUGUAAAUGGUUUUUCUGAACAUAAACCGCGACAAAAUGAAACAGUAUAAAUAGUUUAAAUCUUUCAAAUGUGUCAAGUGCUACUCACUCGGAGGUUGUGUGCACUUACUGUAGCAUUUUUGUACCUUCUAACUUUGUGGGUUAGGUUUGUGCUUUAGUCUUAACACAUGCGUGUGCUGUCAGUUCCCCUCCAUCACCAGAGGUAUUUACUCCGGUGGCUGUUUGAGGUACAAAGGUACAAAGUAUCUGCUGCCAAUAUCUUUGUUUUUUUGUUGUUUUUUUUUUUUUUUUUUAAAUUAAUACCUGGUAGUGUUACAGACUUACUAAUUGGUACUAAUCUUGAGUCUUUUUGACAUCGUUGGACACAAAAUGCAUUAAAAAGUCCACGAUGCAAAAAAAAAAAAAUCAAGCUACAAAACAAAAAACAAACAAAAAAAACAGAUGUUUCACACUCUGUCUAAAAAGGUAUGAUUUUCUGACGUUUGAGGGAAAAGAAGAGCGUGCCCCAAACAUCUCCAUCCAUCACGCUUUAACACCUCCCCGAACAGCCAUCACUCACAGAUCUCACACUGUCAGCAUCUCUGUAUGUAUCACAUCCUUUCCGCACCAUCUUAUAGGCUUUUUACUGACACUACUGUGUAAAAUUGUAUAAUGGGCAUUCAGAUGACUAUAUAUUUUUCUAUGUAUUUCUAAAAUAUAUAUAUUCAGUGCUUCUUGGUGAAGGUACGUUCAUUUCCUUUCUAGAUGUCAUUGAUUGUUCUUUCAGUGAUACCAGUGUAGAGUGUCGUGUAACAGAAAGAGUUUCUUUCCAAAACAAAAAAAAAAUAUCCACCAGCUGAAAGAAAAAAAAAAAUCUAAACUUUCAAGCGACUAAAUGACUGCAAAAAAAAAAAAAAGAAAAGAAAAGAAAAAUCUGUGGUUACAUUUAAAGUGCAGACGAUGACUUAGUCUGAUUGAUGAAUUCAUACAAACCCUCACGCUUUGAAAGGUGCUGAAAGAUUUUUUUUUUUCGUAUUAACAGAAUGGAUAUGUUACGUUUUGGAAAUUAGCUCUUUUAAUAACGUUUCCCUAAUCUGUUUGGUCUCUCGAUAGGAUAAUAGACCCUGUACAGAUGAGCUGCAUUCCACCGAGUUAACCACCCUGACUAAUGACGUUUUCUACCCACAGCUACUCCACUGUGUGUGUUUGUGUGUGUGUGUGUGUGUGUGUGUGUGUGUGUGUGUGUGUGUGUGUGUGUGUGUGUGUGUGUGUGUGUGUGUGUGUGUGUGUGCGUGAUGUUUUACAAUCUGUUGUCUGGUAUUUUUUCUGGAAACACAAGAUAAACACACUGUUAAAAGGGAACGAACACACUGAAAGUUACGACGAUGUUCCCAAAGAUGUGGAGAGAGCGAGGAACGAAUCAGUAAACAACGUGAUGAUUAAUAACUUGUUAAUGAGCAACUCCUAAAUAACGGUGACGGUAGCAGACUGGGAAACAUAUUGUUAAUGACGCAUUAGGUAAUGAUUAGUUCAUAAGGACUUUCUACGAAUCAGCCACUGAGGAGCAAGAGCUAGUGUCGACUCAUUAAUGACUAAUUACAGUUAAUUAAUUAAUCAAAGUAAAACAUAAUACAGAGAGUAACCAGAUAGACUCAUUAACUACUGAUUACUUACUCAUUAGUUACUUUUAAGUAGUGAAGCUGAAUUAUUGAUAUUUAAUCUGUUGUUUUUUGUGCAUUAUAUUCAGAUAUUUAUGAACGAAAUAUCAACCAAUGAUGAGUUCGUAUACGUAUUAUCCCCCAAACGAUUCUCAACUCCGGUCCUUGAGUCACAGUUAUUCAGGGAUCAAUCAUUAACGAUUCAAUAAGAAUGACGUUGUUUCUGAUUCGCGCCUCACCUGCUCCUGAGAAACCCACUCACACCUUUGUGUACCUUUACUGUAAAGUGUUAAUGUCACUUUUUUUUUCUACGUGAUGCAGUUCAGACCACAGAACAACGUGCACAAACCGCACGGACGCCGACAAUUCUGAGGUCGUGAGCACUUAUAACAUUUUUUAAUCGGGGGGAUGUAUUAUAACCCUUUUCUCAGAUGAGACACAUCUGAGAUACUGCAAGAUUUGAUAUAAAAGGUAGAAAAAAAGAGGAGGAGAACCAUUCAACAGGUGAUCAUGUAUUGUAAAUCUUCAAGAUUACACUGACUGGAUGGAAACGCCAGCCGAUGUUUCUCCCAGUUCAGUUUAAACUCACUGUGGUGUAUUUGCAACAGAGAAGUGAUUAAAUAUGAAGAUUGCGACACCAAAAUAAGGUUACAUUUAAAGUGAAAUGUGUUGAAUGACCAAAAACAAAAAGUAAACACAAGAUGAUCUUUAAACGUCUGGCUGCAACCGAUGUGUGCUGUGGUAUUUUUUUUGUUUUGUUUUGUUAGUUUUUAACGAGGGCACGAUGCAAAGAACUUGAACUCGAGCUAUUGUGAGAACAACCUGCGGCUCGUCUCCUAUAAAGCUGUGGUCACUAAUCCAGCGACACUCUUCGCAGCUGGCUGGAAACGUGUUUUAUGUAACGAUGUGCUUUAUAAAGAGACAUUCUUGCCUACGAGUGAAGGCGAAAUUCAUAUUUAAAUCUAUUACGCGCUAUAAUCAACUUUUGAAGACCUUUAACAAUCUUGGUGGUACAAGUAUUACCCUUUUCGCGGCGAUGGUAACUGUAUGAACCUUUGUCAGUAUAGUGUGUUGGCUUUUUGCAAUUCCAAAAAUCUAAUCUUUGUUUAGGUUGUGGUCAGAUUCUAUGUAGGUAUAGUCGAUCUCUGGCCAAAAAAGAGCUACUGCGUUAUGAUGAGCAUUACUCUUGCAGAUACUCAGUCGGUCCCCGCCCCUUCCCCCUGCUAAUAAAGUUUUCUUGGUCUGUGGGUGUGUGGACAGAUUUAUCAAAAAGCGUAAUUACAGUAACAAGUGAAUGUAUAACUGUUUAUCGUUGGUGCAAAAGUGUAUAAAAUAUGAUCUUAAGCCCUCUGCCUUAUUUUACACUGCCAAUUAAAUGGUGUAUUUCAGGAAGACAUUCUUCAGGUGGUUAUUAUUUCUGGCUGAUGAGUGUCUACUAAUAAAACUGUC